AUGGCUACCAACAAUAGCUCCCUGGACAUUCAGUCCCGCAUAUCAGACAUGAAGACCAAAUCUGGCGCCACCAUAUUCGAUGCGUACCAGACUUCCCUUACAGGCCGGUACUGUUCGGCAGAGAUGUCGCAACUGUUCUCGCAGCGCAGCCGACACUCGAUAUGGCGCAAGCUGUGGCUGUUCCUCGCAGAGGCAGAGAAGGAGCUAGGAAUUGAGAACAUCAGUGAUGAGGCGCUCACCCAGAUGAGGGAGCACCUAACCGUUACGGAUGAUGAUUUCGGAGUUGCCAAGGUCGAGGAGAAGAAGAGGAGACACGAUGUUAUGGCGCAUGUACACGCCUUUGGACAAGUUGCUCCUGCCGCAGCAGGUAUCAUCCAUUACGGAGCAACGAGCUGCUAUGUAACGGAUAAUGCCGAACUCAUCCUUAUGCGCGAUGGUCUGGAUCUCCUCAUCCCCAAGCUCGCCAAAGUCAUCUCCAACCUCUCCGCCUUUGCCCUGAAAUGGAAAACCGAGCCUACUCUUGCUUACACCCAUCUCCAGCCCGCUCAGCUCAUCACCGUCGGUAAGCGAGCGGCGCAAUGGGCGCAAGACCUCCUUUUCGAUCUUGAGGCCAUAGAGCUCGUCCGCGAGACCCUACAGUUCCGUGGUGCCCAAGGAACGACCGGCACACAAGCCUCCUUCCUCGAGAUCUUCAACGGCGACAGCAAAAAGUGCGACCAGCUCAACGAGCUGCUCUGCAAAAAGGCCGGAUUCCCCUCCUGCUACGCCAUUUCCACACAGACCUACACUCGCAAGGUCGACCUCAUCAUCGCAAACGCCAUCUGCGGUCUCGGUGCCUCGGCACAAAAGAUCACAGGAGACAUCCGCCACCUAGCCGCGUGGAAGGAACUCGAAGAGCCGUUUGAGAAGGACCAGAUCGGCUCUUCCGCCAUGGCGUACAAGCGCAACCCCAUGCGCUCAGAACGCAUUUACGCGCUCAGCCGUGAGCUCAUGUCCAAGCCAGCCUCGUUCGCAAACACGCUCUCAGACCAAUGGAUGGAGCGUUCCCUCGACGACUCGGCGAUCCGCCGCAUGGACAUCCCCGAGAUGUUCCUCCUUGCCGACGCCAUCUUGCUGUCUCUCGACAACGUAACAUCCGGUCUGGUCGUCUACCCCAAGCGCGUCGACGCACGCGUGCAAGAGGAAUUGCCCUUCAUGAUCACAGAGUCCAUCAUCAUGCGUCUCGUUGCCAAGGGCGAAUCGCGCCAGGAAGCACACGAGCAGAUUCGCGUUCUCUCCCACCAGGCUGGUGCGCAGGUUAAGAACGAGGGCAAAUCAAACGAUUUGGUUGAUCGCAUCAGGAACACAGAGUUCUUCAAGCCUAUCUGGGGUGAGCUCGAUACUAUGCUUGACAGCAAGUUGUACACGGGACGGAGUGAGGAGAUUGUGGAGAAGUUCUGUGGAAAGGGGGGUGUGCUUGAAGGCAAGCUGAAGAAAUACCAGGAUUACAUCGAGGGUGCCAAGGUCAGUGAGCUGAAUGUUUAG